AUUGCUUUCCUUCUCAUUUUCAUACUAACUCUUCCUCAAACUUCUUCUUCAUCCAUGGAAGCCAGAUCAUCUCCAUUAAACCAAUCACCAAAACCCUUGUCUCUUGACAUUGAGGGACAAAAAAAUGAAGAUAAGGUCAUUGACUAUGCCAGGAGAUCACAAUGGCUUCGAGCCGCGGUGUUGGGUGCUAAUGAUGGAUUACUCUCCAUUGCAUCAUUGAUGAUGGGAGUUGGAGCUGUAAGAAAGGAUGCUAAGACCAUGAUCCUAACCGGGAUAGCCGGAUUAGUAGCCGGUGCUUGUAGCAUGGCGAUCGGUGAGUUUGUGUCUGUUUAUUCACAAUAUGACGCUGAAGUGUCUCAAAUGAAGAGAGAAAAUAAAUCCAUAAGUGACGGGGAGGAGGAGGAGGGUAGGGAGGAUCACUUGCCGAAUCCGUGGCAGGCGGCUUUAGCAUCAGCGCUUGCUUUCGCGGCAGGAGCUGCCGUGCCCUUGCUGGGGGCAGCGUUUAUUGGGGAUUAUGUGGUGAGGUUGGUGGUGAUAAUAGGGGCGGUGAGUCUUGCCUUGCUAGGGUUUGGAGGGCUGGCUGCUGUUUUAGGGGGUGCAAAUGUAGUUAAGUCAUCGUUAAGGAUGUUGGUUGGGGGAUGGUUGGCUAUGGGAAUAACUUUUGGCCUCACUAAGUCAAUUGGUAGCACCGGAAUUUGAUCAUUAUAUGAUAAUUAUAUAUGAUCAACUAGGGUCUUCGUUAGAGAACCACGAGUGGUAUCUCAUAAAGGUCUCGACUCCGAGUCUCUUCCAUCUCCGCUCCUGUAUUAAAAAAAAAAAACUAAGGUCUUCGAUCGUUAAUUAUAAUUAUGUUAGUGUUGUUUCUUUUCUUAGUUGUGUAUCAUUGUUGCAAUACUGUUACACUAGGAAUAAGUAUAUGA